AUGAAGGCCACACUAAUUGUCUCGGCUCUGCUGGCGGCAACAAUGGUCGUCUCGGCAGGAAGACUGCACACCCCAACCCCCUCCAACUCCCAGCAGCUCGUCCGCCGGUCGUUCAUUGUCGAGUACGACCACCACCACUCCCACUCCCACUUUGCCACUGCACUCAAGCGUCGACAAAUCGAAGUCGAUGUCCACAAGGAGUACGAGAUCUUCAAUGGAGCCGCCAUCACCCUCCGCUCGGACGAACACAGCGGCGAGCAUCUGGCUACCUUGGCUGGCGUCAAGAAUGUCUGGCCCGUCACCACCUACUCCCUGCCUCACAUCCGUGAACCCCCCAACCCCAUUGAGACCCUUGCAGAGGGUGUCAUCCAGGCAGCUGCAGUAUCGAACCACAACUCGACCGGUGUCAACGUCCUCCACGACUCCUUCAACCUCACGGGCGCAGGGAUUAAGGUGGGCGUCCUUGAUUCGGGUGUAGACUACAACCACCCCGUCUUUGCUAUCCCUCCGGCCACCACGGGCUGCUUUGCCGUCGACUCUCUAACCUGUCGGUUUAUCAAGGGAUGGGACUUUGUGGGCGAUGCCUACACCAGCGAGAGAAAGCCCGUACCAGGGCCAGACCCAAUGGACAGACAUGGACAUGGAACCCAUGUGGCCGGUAUCAUCGGUGGCAACGCUCUCUCCCCGACUAUUGUCCCUCGACCAAUUACUCCAUGGGUCGGUGUUGCCCCUGGAGUCACCUUUGGAAUCUAUAAGGUCAUCGGUAAGGCUGGUGUCACCACGACCGAGGUCUUGUUGUCGGCGAUGGAGAUGGCCUACAAGGAUGGCAUGAAUCUGAUGCACACAGCCCAGCGGGCGGAUGCUCUGAAAAUUAUCAACAUGUCACUCGGUGGUGGGUCAGCCUACAGAGAUGGGCCCGAGGCUAAACUAGCAGAGACCCUGACCGCCAACGGCAUGGUUGUCAUUUCUGCAGCAGGAAACGAGGGCUCCGACGGCGUCUGGAUGGUCUCUGACCUGGGUCUGGGCGACAGCACCACCUCCGUCGCCUCCUUCGACGGCGCAUUCGCAAACUACAGCUACUUCACCUACGCCGGCGUCAACUACCCCUACCAAUCCUCGCUCAUUUUCGGACCUGGUAUUGCAAUCAACACUGGAAUCACUCCCAUCUUGUCGACCCUCGACGGAUCCCUGUCCAGCGGAUGUAACCCGGCCUUUUACUCAGGACUCGACCUCAGAGGCAAAUAUGCGCUUGUCAAGUACUCACCCGGAGAGUGUGAUUCAAAUAUUCGCCAGGCCAGCUUCCAGACUGCCGGUGCAAUCGGCUUCUUGGUUCAGGCACUGCAAGGAGAAUUUGUCGGCUUUGUUGCCACAUCCACCUUCCCUAUUGCUGGAGUCGACUAUGCAUCCGGCUUGGCGUUGAUCGCAGCCUGGAAGGCCAACCCUGCAGGAGCCUUUGUCUGGAGUGGAGCUACAACGGCCGAGUUUCCCAAUCCUGACGGUGGUGGACCCUCCAGUUUCUCGUCGUAUGGUCUAGAUGGUGAACUUCGAUCCAAGCCUGAUGUUGGAGCACCCGGCGGAAAGAUUCUAUCUGCCUACCCUAUUGCCGAGGGUGGAUACAGCGUCUUGUCAGGCACCUCCAUGGCGACUCCCUAUAUUGUCGGAGCCAACGCGUUGUAUAUGGAGUCUAAGCGCGCUAAGCCUCUGGGAGCCGUCAUCCGCAAAGCCUUCAAAAACACGGCUACAUUUAGCCGCGGCCCUGGCUCGGUGAUCGUGGAUUCAGCUCUCAAGCAAGGAGCAGGAUUGAUUAAUGUUCUAAACGCCAUUCGUACGACUUCAUCUAUUACUCCCGACCACAUUGACCUCCUGGACACUGUCAACUUCAAACGGACGACCGAUAUUACCAUCACCAAUUCAGGAGCGACUGCAGAGAUUUACACUCUGUCCCACGUUGCUGCCGAUACUCUUAAUUUUUACUACGUCGCCGGCAACCCCUUUCCUCAAGGCAAACCUUUGGUCUCAAAGGACCAGGCCACCGUCAGCUUUGGAUCGAACCAGAUUCAAAUAGAAGCCGGCCAGUCUACUACAGUGACCUUGACAUUUACUGAGCCUUCGUCAGGAGAUGCCUCCCAGUUCCCAUUGUACUCGGGAUUUGUGGUAGCAACCCCAGCAACAGCAGGUGCGAUCGCAGUCCAUGUCCCUUACACGGGCAUGAAGGGCGAUGUUAGGCAGGUGCCCAUGAUGGAUACCGUCUCUGGAUACCCAAUGCUGACGAUGGUGAGCGCCUCUGGCCGGUCCUUGGUCUCUAUUCCCCGCAGUGCGGUCUUUGACCUGACUCGUCCCAAUGCCACCGUGGUCCCAGUGGUCUUGACCCGUCUUGGCUCGCACACACCCGAUCUGACCAUUCGGGUCUACACUGACAAGAACCAGUUUGCCGGGUUCAUGAGCAGUCCGUCGAAGGGCCCCGCGUUCGGAACGUCUGGUCGCCAGAUGAACCUGGACCAAGAGACGAAUGAGAAGGAGUUUUCGGGCUUUGAUUGGGAGGGCGAGAUCUACCUGGUCGAGAACUCAACCACUACAGCCCAUCAGAUCGUCCCUUCAGGCUCAUAUAAUAUUGUGGUUGCGGCCCAGAAAAAGUUUACAAAGGGCAAAUACCCCGACGACUUUGAGGUCUACAAGCUGGGAUCUUUGUCGGUCAAGACCAACGGUCCUCCUCUCCCCGAAUUGACCGACAAUGGCACCGUUGGAUCGAGUGCUGCCGUCUCAUCCCUUGGGAGCCUUGGAGUUAUUGCCGUGACGAGUGUUUUGAUGUCCUUGGCCAUGGCCAUCGGUCUGUAA